AGCCAAACCGUGCGGACUUGGCUCUUCCCAUCGUAUCCUGUGUUCGCUAAUCCUUCUCUCUCCGUCGGUUAGAGUGAAGGAGUUAUUCUGAAGAUACUUUUUAAAUUUUCAGUUAGUGCUUUCACUAUGGUAAUAUUUGGAUUCCUAUUGGUUUUAUUGGAAAUGAAUAAUUUCGUAUGAAACAAGUGAUUAUUGUGAACGGAACACUAUCUUUUUUCACUAAUGGUGAAUUGAAAAUACUUUUUAUUUGCACAUCGUUAGAUGAAAAAAAACUGUUGAUCAUGGUCGGCGAAAAUAGAAUUGAGUGAAUAUUUGCAUGGAGUGCUGUCCCAACAGACGCUAGGAAGUGCCACCGAAUUUGUCCAUCACGGCGAAGAAAGGCCCUAAUUAAAAGGAGGGAUGCUCCGACGCCAACAGUCGCGCCAUCCAAUCGCAAUGACAUCGUCAGGUAAUAAUGAGAGGACCAGCGUCGGUAGCGAUAGCACACGAGAUUAGAAUCUGCCCUUUCGGCGAGCAGCGGUACAACGGACGAGAGUGGGCCAACCCACAACCCCAAACGGCCUCUGUCCGUUUCCCGGGCGGUCUGCAGAGGGAAAGUUAAGAAGUUAAGAGUGAAAAACUACUCAAAGGAAGGUGGUUUCCCAUUUUGAGGUUGGGACGUUUUUUUUUUGCUGCAGUCAACCGAGCAGAUGUGAAGGGGAGCAAGACGCACUCGUUCCAACUUUUGUCAUUUAGAGCCUUUAAUUUCGAACUCUCGCGGUCUACUGUUCCGCACCAACAACCCAACUUAUAUGCCGACGCCUGAGCCGAUCAUUCCCAGCGAAGUGCAUGAAGAUGACGAAUGAUACGAACACAACGAAUCUCAAUGCGACGUACGACCAGAGUAGUAACUGCAAGAAGCGAGAAUCUUGGCACACGAAUGGGGAUGCCGCUGGGGAUACCACUGGGUCGGAUCCGGCCGCCGGUGGUGGAGGAGACGGAGGAGACGGAACCGAUCCGGAUUCCAGUCAGGGCGAUUACGGCGGCGGCGGUGGCGGAGGAGGAGGAGUUGCAAGUGAUCAGGCGAAGGAAACAACCUCGUUGAAUCCGAAAGGGUCGGCACUUAGCGGUAACAAGGAGCGGUCGUUGGUAGUGACGCUGACCGGAGAACGACGCCGGGAGACGUGGGGUCAGAAGGCCGAGUUUCUGCUGGCGGUUGUUGGUUUUGCAGUGGAUUUAGGCAAUGUUUGGCGGUUCCCGUAUAUCUGCUACCAAAACGGUGGAGGCGCAUUUCUCAUCCCAUACUGUAUCAUGCUGUUGUUCGGAGGAUUGCCUCUGUUCUAUAUGGAACUAGCUCUGGGGCAGUUUCAUCGAUGCGGCUGUCUCACCAUUUGGAAACGUAUUUGUCCUGCCUUGAAAGGUGUCGGCUAUGCAAUCUGCCUGAUUGACAUUUAUAUGGGCAUGUACUACAACACGAUCAUCGGUUGGGCGGUUUAUUAUCUUUUCGCCUCAUUUAACACCGAGCUGCCGUGGACGAAAUGUGGCAACGCGUGGAAUACGGAGGCCUGCACACCGAUAACCGCGCUGGCCAACUCGACCGGCAACAGCCUGACGGCGUUCGGCGAAAUGAUCAACGGAACGGCCACAAUUAAUGGGACCAUCGUCCCGAACGGAUGGCUCAGGAAUGGAACUGUCACAACGAUGGCCAGCGCAGCGGUUGACAUGGUUCGGACCAGUCCGGCACGGGAAUUUUUCGAGCGACAGGUUCUGGAGCAGUAUAAAUCGGAUGGACUCGAUUUUAUGGGUCCGGUGAAGCCCUCACUGGCGCUGUGUGUGUUUGGAGUAUUUGUACUGGUUUAUUUCUCGCUGUGGAAAGGGGUUCGGAGUGCAGGAAAAGUGGUUUGGGUAACCGCCUUGGCUCCGUAUGUUGUUUUGUUGAUUCUACUUGCACGCGGCGUUACAUUGCCUGGAGCGGCUGAAGGUAUUCGGUACUAUCUAACACCUGAGUGGCAUAAGUUGAGAAAUUCUAGGGUAUGGAUUGACGCAGCUUCGCAGAUUUUCUUCUCCCUGGGACCCGGAUUCGGAACGUUGCUGGCGCUCUCCAGCUACAACAAGUUCAACAACAACUGCUACCGUGACGCCUUGCUGACCAGUAGCAUCAACUGUCUCACCAGCUUCCUGGCUGGGUUCGUGAUUUUCUCGGUGCUUGGCUACAUGGCAAAUGUGCAGAAUAAAUCGAUCGAAGACGUUGGACUGGAAGGACCGGGAUUGGUAUUCAUUGUUUAUCCGGAAGCGAUUGCCACGAUGAAGGGAUCGGUGUUUUGGUCGAUCAUUUUCUUCCUCAUGUUGAUCACCCUCGGUUUGGAUAGUACUUUUGGCGGACUGGAAGCAAUGAUUACGGCACUUUGCGAUGAAUAUCCAAGAACGAUCGGCAGACGGCGAGAGCUGUUUGUGCUGAUACUGUUGGUGCUGAUUUUCAUCUGCGCACUUCCCACGAUGACCUACGGUGGCGUCUAUCUGGUGAAUUUCCUCAACGUUUAUGGCCCCGGGCUGGCGAUACUGUUCGUCGUUUUUGUGGAGGCGGCCGGAGUGUUUUGGUUCUAUGGUGUGGAAAACUUUUCCGCUGACAUCGAACAGAUGCUGGGCAAGAAGCCGUCUCUGUUUUGGCGUAUCUGCUGGAAGUACAUCAGCCCGACGUUUCUGUUUUGCAUUCUGAUCUUCUCGCUGCUGGGAUACGAAGCCAUGCUGGAGGGGGAAUACCAAUAUCCCGAGUGGAGCAUAGCGGCCGGAUGGAUGCUGACACUAUCCUCGGUGCUCUGCAUACCACUGUAUGUGAUCUACAAGUUUAUGAUUAGUGACGGUGGUUGUCGCAGUAGACUUCGUCAAACGUUCAAACCAGAACCGCUGAUACCGACCGCUGUGCCCGGUCAGAUCUACUCCGGCACUGCCGUCUGACAAGAUUGCCCAAGCGAUCGCAUGCAGACGCAGCAAGCGUCACGUCCAUGCUGCUGCUACCGUUGCUUUAAUCGUAUCGAUUCACCAACGAACUGUAGCUGUUCCCCGAAAUGCUACUGCAACUACAAUACAACUAAUCUCAACAUAGAUAAUACUAGCGUACGUCAUUCAACUAGUGGUACCAAUUAUGAUAACAGUAGCGAUAAGCCUAAGGUGGGUCUGUUGUUAGAUGUCAACGGGAGCUCCUGCAAGAAGCAUAGUGAUAUCGAUAGUACUUACUACUACUACUAUUAUGACUACUACAACCGUGACAGUGCUGCCAGCAGCUACAGCGGAGUGUAUUCCGGUUUUAGGACGACGAAACUUUCCUUUCCGUUGGCCACAGAGUGGCUCGUUUAGUUUCAUCGCCAAAGAUUUCCGUAUCGAUUCAGCGCAUCACCUACCAAAAAGACUUCCUAUUUUCUAGACAUAAAAGCCAAUUAGCAAACCUUACCGCCGUAUGGUUUUAGACCAAUUGUUGCAUUAGUUGUUCAUCAGAGUUUACUGAAGCUGAAGGUUCGACUCGUCGCAGAAACAGCCAAAUGCGGCGGAUUGGCCCCACAAAGCUCAGAACGUUACCUCGCUCAGUUUGGUUGAUAUUUGUUAGAGAAUAUGGAAGGGGAAAUGCCACCUAAUUGUAUAGAACCCUAACGACAGAAUAGAGGAUAAACAAAACAUAUUGCGUAGGAAUCAUGUUACAGGUGUUUGUUAAUAGAAGAGCGUCGUUUUUAUUAGGAAGAGAAUCUUAUUCAACUCAGUGUGUUAUGUGUUAUGCUUUAAUGAAAAUAGAUCAAAUGAUAGUAUACAGGUAUAUUGUACACAUUAAAAUAGCCAAUGACGAAAAUGAAAACAAAAUCUAGCCAAUCAAUCUAGUGUUUGUAUGAUGUGCUUUAGAGAAGACAAAAACAAUGAGAUAGUUACAUAUUUAUAGAAGCUAAGAGCCUGUACAACGCAUUCGUCAAAAUUUCGUUACUGUAUCCGGCUGUGGGGAAGAAAACAUAGUGGGAAUCGUUCGAUUCGGUGAAGAAGGGCUCAAACAGCAAGCAGCCAUUUGCAGUUUGAGCUGUCAAUCACGACUUGGACUUGUUCGAAAUUUCACCCUUGUACUUUUUUCUCUAGCUCGGAAAUGUGUUUGCGUUUCCAGAAUUGUUAGACAAUAAAUAGAGUUUUAUUUGAUUUUUUCCACCUGAAAUUUUCUGGGGUUUCAGUGUUCAUCCGAACGUCCGUUGGUUCAAUAGCAACUUUAGAAAAACAAAGAACAUAAGUUAUUGGUAUUUAAAAUCAUUACAGCAAGAAAAUUGGUUCGUGGUGGACGCUGUAGAAAAUUCGGGGAUGGAUAGAUGAAUAGUGUCACCAGCAGAAUUAUAUUCCGUUAAAAUUAAAAAAAAAAAACUACUAAGAUUGGCUUACAUUCUAUUAGGCGGAAGUUCUAUAAUACCUCGCAUUACGAGUGAUAGUUUACGAUGAUCAAUUCCAUCGAAGGGUUCUAAGAAGCCCAAACAAAGCAACUAAUUCACUAUUUUUCGAAAUCAGAUUUCAGUAUCUAAAAGUCUUGAUCAUCUUGGUCAUCAAACUGAGAAAGGUUGAUGGAAAGUAUCAAUUGCCAGUCAACAAAUCAAGUGUAUUCCUAAAGUGGCUUUAAGCAAUUCAUCGGCAACGCAAACUCAAUGGAAAUAUGAGAAGCAACGGGGUACAAAGUAGUAAUGAAACGCUCC